AGUGCGUCUUAUAAAUAUGACAGAAAUUAAAAACAACAUUGGGUCCUUUUACCUAAAGAAAUUUCAGAAAAUGGUUCAGAAACAAUUAGAAACAGCUAACACAAUCCUGCUAGAAGAUUAUUUUAAGACAGUCGUUGACAUAUUCAUUCUCGCUCAUAGGAGAAAACAACUGGUCGAUUCAAGAAAUUUGAAGCAGUUGAAAAAAUUUUAUGACUGUGUUGCUUCGUUGAUGACGUAUCAGCUACAGACACUUUGCUUAAAAUCGCUUUAUGAUUACCAUCAGUACAUUACAGAUAUAAAAUAUUCCAAUAACGGUUUUAAAAUCUUCCUGAAGAGGAAAGUCCUUGUCGUUCCAACAGAGGAAGAAGAAGAAGCAGGCGAAGAAACAAUUGCUGAAAGUGAAUAUACGGAAGAGGAGGAAAAACAAGAAGAAGAACAAAAGGCUGAAGAGGUCGAAGAUGAAGAAACGAUAAGUGAAAUGAGAAACGAACUGGAAUUAAUUUUUGAACCAUCUUUCGAGGAAUUUUCCAUCGAAAUUAUCAAUCCCAUUGAUGCAAUGAUUGCUGCAGUCAUGGUAGUACCCAGAUUAGAAACAUUGUUGUACUUGGAUUACGAAGGACCUGCAGGAAGGCUCACACCAGUUAUUCUUAGUGAAAUCGUAGACAAUUAUAAGAAUGAUAUUUAUAAUAUGCUACAAGAACAACGACUUGGUCCAGAAGACAGGGCUCAUGACUUUGACCGUUACCUUCAUUUACUUAAUGGCGAGGCUGAAAGUGAAGUUCUGGUCUUUCUGUCUGAGGAACAUACUAUUGAAGAAUACGUCGAACAAAUUACCAUGUACAAAAAUCUUGGCGAAAGUAUACCAAUAGAUUUAGAAUAUGUAAUUACAGUUGGCAUGUACGAAAUGCAUAGAGAAGAACUGAUACAAAAUUUCGUUGAUGCCGCUGAGCAACUUAAGCUUCAGUUUAUUAAUCGGCUUGUAUCGGAUUAUCAAAAAAUAUGCAAAACAUUGGGAGAUACGUAUAGAAAAAUAUCUGACAAGUUACUUACAGUUCCGGAAGGUACGCAUCCUUUGAUGGAUUUGAUUGCGUACGUGAAUCGUGUGGAAGAAUUUGAUAUACCCCAGAUGGAAGACACAUUAAGAGAAAUUAUGAGAUAUAUUCUCAUACUGUGCAACUUUUGGCCCCUAACCCCCCAAGAAAUAAAACAGAACAGUUACACAUUUGCAUGGUACCGUAUGAUCCCGAAGAAAAUAGAAGAAAGUAGAGAAAUGAUUGACCGCAAAACUGAAGAAUUUAAAGAAAAUCUCGCAGUUCGCAUAGAGAAGUUUAUUGAAGAUCUUGAAAUUUACGCAAAAUUGGUAGACGAGCUGCAAUAUAAUGGAGAUAUCGAAGACUUGGACAAAUAUUACAAGAAAGCCCAGAAAUUGGACGAAAAAUUGGUGCAUGCCAUUGUCUUGAUAGAUGAAUUUAAUGCAGAAGAAAGAGCUUAUGGUUUCGAAGAAACCCAGUACCCAUUGAGGAAGAAAACCCAUGACAAAUUAACUCCUUUUAAAAAGUUAUACGAUAAUGCCGUCGAUUACAUGGAAAAUCGCAACAAAUGGUUAAAUUCCAAGGUGGGAACGUAUGACCCCGAUGAAAUAGAAACUGAAGUCACCACUUAUUACAGAAAUGUUUACAAACUAGAGAAAAGUUUCUCUGACAAGCCCGCAACAUGCGAAUUGGCAGGAACGGUCCGAGAAGAAAUUGAAGAUUUUAAGGAAAAUCUGCCGAUUAUUCACACUUUAGGAAAUCCUGGAUUAAAAGAGAGACAUUGGGAAAUGAUUUCUGAAAUUGUAGGCUUCCCUAUAGUACCUGAUGAGGAACUAACACUAGCUAAAGUAAUCGAUUACGGUUUACAUGAUUUCAUUGAAAAGUUUGAGUCAAUAUCUGAGGCUGCUUCCAAAGAAAACAAUCUCGAAAAGAAUAUUAAAAAAAUGAAAGCAGAAUGGGAAGAUGUAGCAUUCACAGCUUUGGAAUACAAAGAUACUGGCACUUACGUUAUAUCUGCAAUUGACGACAUCCAAGUGCAACUAGAUGAUCAUAUAAUUAAGGCGCAAACGAUGAAGAAUUCCCCGUACAUCAAACCAUUUGAAGCUGAAAUUUUAGACUGGGAACGCAGGCUGCAUUUACUUCAGGUAAUUAUCGACGAGUGGUUAAAAGUUCAGAGCACGUGGAUGUAUUUGGAGCCAAUUUUCUCUUCACCAGAUAUUCAACAGCAAAUGCCAGAAGAGGGUCGAAAAUUUACUGCCAUGGAUAAGAUUUGGAGAGAAUUAAUGAAAACCGUUUACACUGAACCAAAAGUUUUGGUGGUUGUGGAAAUAGACAAAAUGGUUGAAAGAUUAGUCAAAUGUAAUGGCUUGCUCGACGCAGUGCAGCGUGGUUUAAACAAUUACUUGGAAGUAAAACGACUAUACUUCCCUCGGUUCUUCUUCUUGUCAAAUGACGAACUAUUAGAAAUUCUAUCCGAAACCAAGGACCCCACAAGAGUCCAGCCUCAUUUGAAGAAAUGCUUCGAAGGGAUAGCUAAACUAACAUUUACAGCUGAUAUGGAUGUAACACAUAUGAAAUCAUCUGAAGGAGAGAUUGUACCACUUGUGGAUGUCAUUCAAACUGCAUUGGCAAGAGGACAAGUUGAAAAAUGGCUGGUAGAAUUGGAAAUAGAUAUGAAGAAGUCUGUUCACAAAAUGGUUGCCAUGGCAAUUGCCGAUUAUACUAAGAAACCUCGUGAUGUCUGGGUCCUCGUAUGGCCUGGUCAAACGGUACGAACCAAAAUUAAUC